CUGAUUUGGGCGGGCUGCCGCUGGUUCAAAGGAGUCCAAGGGAACUCGCCUAACGGACGGACUCGCGGCUGUGGAGAAGCGGUUCCGUAUCCUCGCGUCUCGCGGCCCCCGCUGGUUUAGUCGCUCUCGGGGUUCUCGACCCCCUUCCCGCCGGUCACCAUGGAGGUGUCCCCACUGCAGCCUCUAAAUGAAAACAUGGAAAUGAACAAAAUGAAGAAAAAUGAAGAUGCUAAGAAAAGACUGUCUAUUGAAAGAAUCUAUCAAAAGAAGACGCAGUUGGAACAUAUAUUGCUCCGCCCAGACACGUACAUUGGCUCUGUGGAAUUAGUGACCCAGCAAAUGUGGGUUUAUGAUGAAGAUAUUGGCAUUAACUACAGAGAAGUCACUUUUGUUCCUGGUUUGUACAAAAUCUUUGAUGAGAUUCUAGUUAAUGCUGCGGACAACAAGCAAAGGGAUCCAAAAAUGUCUUGUAUUAGAGUCACAAUUGACCCAGAAAACAAUUUAAUUAGUAUAUGGAAUAAUGGAAAAGGAAUUCCUGUUGUUGAACACAAAGUCGAGAAGAUGUAUGUCCCAGCUCUCAUAUUUGGUCAGCUCUUAACUUCUAGUAACUAUGACGAUGAUGAAAAGAAGGUAACAGGUAGAGUAUUGAGGAAAAAUAAAGAGCAUACUGCUGAAAAAAACAUCUUUUAAAUGACUAUCUACAGCCAGGCGUG